ACACCUACCAUCUCCUCACUUUCUCUCCAUUUUUUUCAUAACCAAACCAAGCAACCCAUGGCAGUGAGCAACAACAUAAUAGCAACACUCAACUUCAUAGCCAUCCUAUGCUCCAUCCCCAUCAUAACCGCCGGCAUCUGGCUGUCCUCCAAACCAGACAACGAGUGCAUCCGCUGGCUCCGUUGGCCGGUCCUCAUCAUCGGCAUCCUCUUCCUCCUCUUAGCCUUAACCGGCUUCAUCGGCGCCUACUACAACAAACAAGGCCUCUUAGCCUUCUACCUCUUCUGCAAUGCCGCUCUUAUUAUCGCUGGGCUUGUUCUCCUUAUACUAGCGUUUGUUGUUACGCGCCCCUCUGGCGCGUAUGAUGUUCCUGGCAGGAGUUAUAAGGAGUACCGGUUGGGUGGGUAUUCGAAGUGGUUGAGGGAUCAUGUUACGGGUGUGGAUAGUUGGGGGAAUAUUAAGGUUUGUUUGAGUUCGUCUGAUGUUUGUACGAAGAUGACAAGGGAUUCGUACUCUGCUGUUCAGUUUUUUGGGUCUGAUAUAUCUCCUCUUCAGUCAGGAUGUUGUAAGCCUCCAACCGUGUGUGGAUACCAGUACGUGAACCCUAUUAUGUGGAUCAACCCGAGUAACCCAACCGGAGAUAUGGAUUGUCCUAUAUGGAACAACGACCCGAACCAAUUGUGCUAUAACUGCGACUCGUGUAAAGCUGGUUUGUUAGGGAACCUAAGGAAAGAGUGGAGAACCGCGAAUGUGAUAUUAAUCGUAGCUGUGGUGGCUCUUAUAUGCCUUUAUCUAAUAGCUUGUAGCGCUUACAAAAACGCACAGACAGAAGAAAUUUUCCGAAGGUAUAAACAAGGUUGGACAUGAAAACUUGUAUCAAACAGACCCUAAAACUUGCUAGCUUGUUUGUUUACACACCCGACGGACUUCUUGUGGCGGCAUAUAUUCAGUUUCUUUUAGGUGUUUAGUUUUGUUUUAUUAAGUUAUGGUCAUUAAUGUAUUAGAAUGAUAGCUAGUGGUGUGUAUUUUUCUCUUGGUGUUCUACUAGUAUAUGAAAGAAUGCGAGUUAACAAAGGGUAUGUUUUUAUAUAAUUAUAUCAUUUUUCACUUUCUUGA